CUUGAAUUCCGACAAAGCUUCUGCCCAGGUAUGCCUCCAUCUUCGCACUCGGUAUUCAUGGAAUAAACUAGGCUAUUUGAUGAGUCAUUGCGGAUUGUGAGAUAAUUACUUAAUCACCUUCCCAGCUUCGUGCCUUCCUCUCUUCCUUCCUUCACCGGCAGAACCGCAGAAACGACGCAGAACUGCAGUCCGUGAGCCACUCCGGUGUGUUGCAGCCAGAAACGACGUCGCACUCCGGUGCGUCGAGCAUCUCCGUCGCACUCCGUCCACAGCCAGGAAAUAGAAGGAAUCCAAUAUGAGGCCAUUGGAUGAGAGUGAGACCACCCAAGUUUUUGAAAAGCUCUUUAAAUUUGUGGGAAACAAUCUGAAGAACAUUGUGGAUAGCCCAUCUCAUGAAGGUCCCGACCCAGCUCCAGGGCGGUACUGUUUCCGUCUCCAAAGGAAUCGAGUCUACUAUGUGUCGGAGUCCCUCGUGAAGAGAGCCACUAACGUAAAACGAGAUAAUCUGAUCUCGCUGGGGACCCAAAUAGGGAAAUUCACUAAAGGAGGCAAGUUUCACCUAACAAUCCAGUCGCUGAAUUUGAUAGCUGCACAUGCAAAACACAAAGUUUGGCUAAAACCCACGUCUGAGAUGAGCUUCCUAUACGGAAACAAUGUGUUGAAAGGUGGUGUCGGUAGGAUAACAGAGAAUGUCAACGAGCAUGAUGGGGUUGUGGUGUUCUCGAUGUCCGAUGUGCCACUGGGAUUCGGCGUUGCUGCUAAGAGUACACAAGAUUGUAGGAAGCUGGAUCCUAAUGGGAAUGUGGUGUUGCACCAAUCUGAUAUUGGGGAGUACCUGAGGAUGGAGGAUGAACUUUAAAACCGGAAAAGAUUACCGCUUGAAUUGGUUCAGUUUGUGGGUUAAGUCUUCAUUUGGGAAAUCAUCUUUGCAACAUUCCAGUGUAAAUCAAUUUUGAUAACUGAUAUUUGUUGCUGUUACCUGCAUUUUCUACAAAGUGUUAUGAUCAGAGCAUUGACAUUUUAGAUUGAUUCCUAUUAUGCUUGGAUAUCUUAGGGGAGGAUUUGAGCUUUUCAUUUCUUCCCAUGAAAUAUGGCUUUUAUUAUUGAUGAUGUAGUUUAAGAGAUUUUGUAAUACUGUUUUCGGCUGAUCAAUUAAUACUAUAAUUCCAUGUGUCAAUUGCUUUGGCAAA